GUGUGCUUGUAGAUGGACGGUGCGCCUUGUCUCCGUGUGUCUCAGUGUCACACACAACAGUUCAGGAGGUGUCUCCAGUCCAUAGGAGCUCUAGAUCUGAGUAUGCGUUUGUUGAAGGACUCCGAAGGAACAGUCCUCUUACCCAUAUCCCCGUCCUGUGUGUCCCAGCUGGAUCUGCACUCUCUCAGAGGCAUGGUGGCCUCAGGCAGCACGUGUGAACUAGUCUGGAAUCAGACAAAUAAAGAGAAGGGCAAGACGAGUGUCAGUCAACUCGAACAAAUCCUCCAGGAUCUGUUGGAGUCUCGUGGUGAAAGAUGGACAGAGGAGAUGAGGGAGGACCUCCCUCGCAGCUUCCAGAGGCACGGAGACCUCGUCCUAAUGGGGGAUGGCUGUUUCUCUCUUCCUCUGUGGAAGAAAAUGGAUGGACGGCUGUGGAGCACAGUGGCCGAAGGUCUGGGGGCAACACGUUUGGCCAAGAUUAGUCGAAUUUCCAGUGAUGGAUUUAGGUCUCCGGUGGUGACGAUGCUGCUGGGAGAGCACAGCUGGGUCAAACAUGUGGACAAUGGUAUCGGGUAUGAGUUCGAUGUCACCAAAUCUAUGUUUUCAGCUGGAAACAUAACGGAGAAGCUGCGCGUUGCUGGAUUCGACUGCACAGGAGAGACGGUGGUGGAUUUAUAUGCAGGUAUCGGAUACUUCACUCUCCCUUACCUGGUCCAUGCUGGGGCCAGCCAUGUUCACGCCUGCGAGUGGAACCCUGAUGCUGCCGAGGCUUUACAGAAAAACCUGGAGGCCAACGAGGUGUCUGACCGCUGCACAAUCCACCGAGGAGACAACCGACAGCUCCGACUGUGUGACAUCGCUGACCGCGUGAACCUGGGUCUCAUACCGAGCUCGGAGGACGGCUGGCCCGUCGCCUGUCGCCUGCUGAAGAGGACGACAGGAGGCAUUUUGCACAUUCACCAGAACGUCACCUCACCGUUACCGAACAUUGAAGCCAUUCCAGCAAUCGAUGAUGCCGUCCACAGGGUUUCUGGGAAGAAGGCCGACAGAGAGGCGUGGCAGGCCUGGGCUGAGGACACAGCAAACCUCAUUGCUUGUCUUUUGAGGGACAUCAGCGGUGCAUCCUGGUUGACAAGCGUCCAGCACAUAGAGCAUGUGAAGUCAUACGCACCUCAUGUCCACCAUGUUGUCCUGGACCUGGAGUGCAGACCUGUGUGAGCUGAAGAACACAGAUGCAGAGAGGACACAGGGACUCUGAACUUGUUAAUGCACUGAAGUUACUUUUUUAGAAGAAGAAAUAGGUUGUGAAUUCCAAGUGAACAACUCCAGCUGGUUCCUGUGAUUAUUUUAUUUGUCAG